AUGGCGGGCAUUGAACAACUCGAGGUUCACAGCAAGUCGUAUAUCGUCCGCUGGGUCAAGGUCGAUGAAGGGAACACUCUGUCAUGGAGCGUCCAACCUCACAAAAAGUCCAUCAACUUCGGCCUGGUCAAACACCCUGGUAGCGGUGCCACGACUCUAGUGUCUUCGGCGACCAGCGAUUUUGAUGCUGGAGCUGAAGAAACGCGUGGUACCUCAGACGGCAAGGCCAGCCGGUUUUCUAAAAAGGACAUCAACGCGCAGGACCUGCUCAAGAACAAGGGAUUCAUCCCCAUCAAAUGGAUAGGCAAAUGUGAGGCAGACAGGGUGUCUAUUGGCACCUUCGAGGUCAAUGCUGGCCAGAGCGGCAUGUAUGGUCUGGUAUUCGACAACACAUUUUCGAAGCAGACAUCAAAGACAGCGACAUUCGUUGUCAUGACCUACCCAACAGGAGCGCCCCCUCAAACUUCCUCACACCUACCAAACCUCGCAGCAAAGGCUGGAGCUAGCCAGGUGAGUCUUGGGCGUCACAGCAGUCCCAAGCUUGACGGAGUUGCAUCUGCAUCGUUCGACAGCCUGCACAGCCAUAAAGCUGGUGGGAAGGCAACUUCUGUGUCUGGUCGCAGCGAUGGCGGCUCUUCGAGCAACUACCAUGUUGGAACCCUCCACAAAAGACGUCGCAAGAAGGGACAAGGCUACGCGCGGCGCUUCUUCUCGCUCGAUUACUCGACAUGUACGCUGUCGUAUUACUACAACCCUAAAUCGUCCGCUCUUCGUGGCGCUAUCCCACUGAGUCUAGCAGCAAUCGCUGCAGACGAACGACGGAGGGAAAUCAGCAUCGAUUCGGGUGCCGAGGUCUGGCACCUCAAGGCACCCAACGAUAGAGAGUUCCAGGAAUGGGCUCACGCACUGGAAAAGGCCAGUCGUGUAGCUAGAGGACUGGAAACACUGGAUCUUCCCACGGUGGAUGAGACAAAGAUAAACACUCGACAUGUGUCUGUCCACCACCACCAACCCUCCCCGCACGAGGAUAGGGAAUGGCAACAGGUCGAGGCCCUGGUUAGCCGUGUUGUCGGGACUCGUGAUGCGCUUCGCCGUCUGACAAAGGAGGUUGCGGCACAGUCAAAGCCUGUCACCAGUCCUCAAUAUCUCUCCCCUGGAGCCGCCAGCACCAGCGCCAUCGACGAUAGCGACACGUACUUUACCCCUACACAAGAGGCCAGACGAUCAUUCUGGAGACGGAAAUCAAACACCCCUGCAGUAUCUCCGGCCACUCUCGGCGCAACCACAGCUUCUGCUCUGGCAGUGCCUGUACCCGGAGGUGUGACCACGACCAUCUCGGCGAGUGGUGCGAAUCACGCCAGACGACAGUCAAAGGGACUGAUCCGAGAAGAAAAUUCGCUCCAGGACCAUUGCCAGUCGCUCCUGACUGAUCUCGAUUCAGUUGUAUCCGAGUUUACGACUCUGAUUAACAACAGCAAACGACGCCGCAUGUCGGUACCUCCCUCUGCAGGCGCAGCCUCAAGAAAGAGUAUAGACACCGUCUCGACAGCAGACGAGUUCUUCGACGCCGAGGACGCCAACUCUGGUGUCCUCAAGAUCGACGGUAGUGAGGAUGAAACCCCAGACUCAGAAGAGGGGGAUGAUAAUGGAGAUGAAGGUUCCUUCCGGGAUAACUCGUCGAUAUCCUCGAUAGGGGAAAACGACACGGUCAACGUCGACGAUGCUGCUCACCUGUUCCCGGCGAAGCCGAAGAGCCUCACACCGCUACCCCUUGACCAGGUGGUUGCAAGAAGAUCGACGAUACCGCCCACGACGGCUCCUGCACCCAGUCUGAUAGCAUUCUUCAGAAAGAACGUCGGCAAGGACUUUAGCACCAUCAGCAUGCCCGUCACGUCGAACGAGCCCACUUCUAUGUGCCAAAAGGUUGCUGAGCAACUCGAGUACGCACAGCUGUUGAACCAGGCGGCUCGGCAAUCGUCUCCUACUGAUAGACUGUUGUUUGUCGCAGCUUUUGCAGUUUCGCAGUUUAGUAGCGGUCGAGCUAAGGAGCGCGCAAUCAGGAAACCCUUCACCCCCUUGCUUGGAGAAACAUUUGAGCUUGUCCGCACCGACAAGGAGGUUCCUGGAGGUUUCAGGCUUCUGGUCGAGAAGGUUCAGCACCGACCCCUUCUCCUGGCGAUGCAGGCAGACUCAUCCAACUGGUCUUUCUCCCAAUCACCCGCGCCUGGUCAAAAGUUCUGGGGUAAGAGCGCAGAGAUCACGACUGAUGGUCGCGUGCGAAUUGUCCUGCGCCUCUCGAAUGGAUCUGAGGAGCGGUAUUCGUGGAACAUUGCCACCAUGUUCCUGCGCAACGUGGUGAUGGGUGAAAAGUACGUUGAACCCGUGGGCACAAUGCACGUUGUCAACGACACUACGGGCCACAAGGCUGCCGUAGAGUUCAAGAGCAAGGGCAUGUGGGGUGGACGAACUGAAGACGUCAGUGUAGAGAUCUUUAGUCCAGACGGUGUCAACACCGGCAGCGGCUUGACAGGCGCAUGGACAACUGGUCUGAAGACGUCUGGAAAGGGAGGUGGUCAGGAGAUCUGGCGGGUGGGAUCGUUGGUCGAGAACGCAAACCAGACGUAUGGUCUGACAACCUUUGCCGCCAGCCUCAACGAGAUAACAGAAAUCGAGAAGGGCAAACUCCCGCCCACAGACUGUCGUUUGCGCCCCGACCAGCGCGCGUACGAGCAAGGCAAGGUGGACGAUGCAGAGGAAAUGAAGCAAACGCUGGAGGAGGCACAGCGCGGCCGGCGACGAGAUCUGGAAGAGCGUGGCGAGACAUACAAGCCCCGGUGGUUUGUCAAGGUGGAAAACGCACCAGAGGGCGAGGAAGUCUGGAAGCUCAAGACGGGCAAGGACAGCUACUGGGAGGAGCGGGCUAAGGGAACAUGGCAAGGGGUUGAAGAGAAUCUCUUCAAACUUUCUUGA